AUGCCUCUGGGUUUGGAUACGUUGGACUUCGCGGUUCUUUGUGGACUGGCUCUUGCCGUGUGCGCCUACUUCGGCAAAGACAAGCUGAAAGAAAUCCUGGCAUCGAACAACGACGCCAUCAAGGUAAGCAACGACUCACGAGACAUUGUGGAGACGUUGCGCAACAACGACAAAAACUACUUGGUGCUUUACGGCUCGCAAACAGGCACGGCCGAAGACUACGCCAGAAAAUUCGCCAAAGAGCUGGUGGCCAAGUUCUCGCUUCGAGUCAUGUGUGCAGACGUGGAGAGCUACGACCUCCAGAACCUGAAUGAAUUGCCCAGCAACGUGGUGGUUUCGAUCUUUCUUUCGACCUACGGCGAAGGAGACUUCCCAGACGGAGCUGUCCCCUUUGAAGACUACCUAACCAACCUCAGCAGUGGGGACCUCGAAAACGUGCGCUACACGCUAUUCGGGCUCGGCAACUCCACUUACGAGUUUUUCAACGGUGCUGCCAAAAAGGCUAACAAGCUCUUGUCCGAAGCAGGUGCCACUCUGCUCGGCAAAUGCGGUGAGGCUGACGAUGGUGCUGGCACCACUGAUGAGGACUACAUGGCGUGGAAAGAAACUGUGACAGACCUAUUGAAGUCGGAACUUGCCCUCGACGAACACGAACAAAAGUUUCAGCCUAACUUCAAAUACUCAGUUCUUGAGACCUCCAAGACAGAUCCAGCUGUUUCUUUGGGAGAACCAACCUCGCAAUAUCUACCAAGUCAGCAGCUGACUUUCAGUCCUGAUGGGAGACAAACCGGGCCAUUCGACGCAACGCAUCCCUUCGUCGCCCCGAUCGUCAAGUCCAAAGAGUUGUUCCAGUGCGGUGAGCGUAACUGUAUCCAUGCCGAAUUCGACGUUACGGGCUCAAACCUGAAGUACUCGACAGGAGACCAUUUGGCUUUAUGGCCAUCGAACUCCGAUGAAAAAGUUGAGAAGUUUUUGAAAUGUUUCGGUUUGAAUCCCGAGACCGUGUUUGAAUUGAAGCCACUCGAUUCCACCAUCAAGAACCCAUUCCCAUUGCCUACAACUAUUGGUGCCGCCGUGAGACACUAUUUGGAAAUAACAGGACCCAUUUCCAGACAAUUGUUUAGCUCCAUCAUGCAGUUUGCUCCUACUGACGAAUUGAAGGAGCGCCUCAACGACCUAUCGAAGGACAAAGACGAAUUUGCCAAAGAGAUUACUGUUAAAUACCUAAAUUUGGCAGACGCUCUAUUGUACCUGUCGGACGGUGCGAAGUGGGACACUGUUCCCUGGAACUUUUUGGUUGAAUCCGUCCCACAUUUGCAACCUCGUUACUAUUCCAUAUCAUCUUCGUCUUCGAGCGAAAAACAAACCAUUCACAUCACGGCGAUUGUCGAGAACAUGCCCAACCCUGUUUCGGAAAAGGCACCUCCCGUCACUGGUGUUGCCACCAACCUGUUAAGACACAUUCAGCAAUCUCAAAACAAGGAAGACAUUUCGGCAUCUACACUGCCGGUCCACUACGACUUAUCCGGUCCUCGUGACUUAUUCAAAUCUUACAAGCUACCGAUCCACGUCAGACGCUCUACAUUUCGUCUGCCUUCGAAUCCUGCUACUCCAGUCAUUAUGGUCGGACCAGGUACUGGUGUAGCACCAUUCCGUGGUUUCAUCAGAGAUCGUACCAAGUUUGUCGAACUGCAGCCUAACGUCUCUUUGGGUAAGCACUUGCUAUUUUAUGGCUCGCGAGAUGAGAGGGAUUUCCUAUAUCAAGAGGAAUGGCCUGAAUAUAGCAAAAAAUUAGAAGGUGCUUUCGAAAUGGUGGUUGCGCAUUCCAGAUUGCCAAACAAGCCUCGCUCCUACGUUCAACACAAAUUGAUUGAAAGAGAAGACGAAAUUUUCAAGCUCAUUGCCAAUGAAGGAGCUUUCAUUUAUGUCUGUGGUGAUGCCAAGGGCAUGGCUCAAGGUGUGCAUUCCGCUUUCGUCACGAUUUUGAGCAGAGGUAAGAAAUGUACAGAGAAAGAGGCUGCUGAAAUGAUCAAGAUGUUUAAGUCUAGUGGCAAAUACCAGGAAGAUGUCUGGUAA